AGGAGGAGGGCUAGAGAGAGAAAGGUGGUAGUAGAGUAGUAGUAGAUUUGAGGAGGUGAGAGAGAGAGAGAGAGUCAUCUCUCUUCUUUGUAUCCCCCGUCGCCAACUUCUCCUACCAACUUCUCUCUCUCUUUUUUUCUCCUCCUCCUCUUCUUCUUGGUGGCCGCUCGCCGCCGCCGACGCCGACGCCGCCGGCGGGUCUCGUCGUCGGUACGUGUUACUACGGGGGCCGGUCUGUGGCCCCUACCCUCCGUCGCCGUCGUCUUUUCUUGUUCGCGUGUGCGUUUAUUUCUCGGCCAGAGGUUGGCGGCUUCCGGCGGUUCUUGGAUUCCGGCAGGAUUGAUCGGCGUGGUGUUUCUUGGCCCCCCCGCGAAUUCCGGCGGCAUUCUGAUGGCGUGCUUCUUCUCUCUUCUUUUUUUCUCUUGCUGGUUGUUUUGUUGAGUUCGUGUGGGGUGGUAGGAUUGGAAGGUGGCGGUGGUUGGGGGGUCUUUGGGUGGUGAGGGAAGGGGGUGAAUUCUCUGUGUUCUUGGGGGUUGUUGUUGUUAUCAUCUGAGCCUCUUAGGAUUGGUUGGGUGGCGGAAGGUUGGUUGUUGCCACCUGCCCUGUUCGUGUUUGCGAUUGAUUUGUACUACACAGUGGGUGCUUCUCCUAUGUGCAAAUCAGAUAAUUCCGCGGUAACAAAGUCAGCGUAGGAUUAUGUUGGUGAUGAUGAUGACUAGUGUGCCUGAAAAUUCCAUCUUUGCAGUAGUCCUUGGCUUGAUAAUACAGAUAGAUUCUUUGCAGAGUUCGUGCACUUCACUGUCACAACAAAGAAAUCUUUUUUCCUCAAGAGUUAAAUUCUAGUAGGAUUCGUUGGAUUCUGUAGGCCCUGGAGUGUGCUUGCUAGGUCUGUGCUAACUGUUAGUGGUGACUGGUGACAAGUACAUCACCUUGAUUUCUUCUUUUUUUUUUCACUCACUAUUUUUAGGGCGUUUAUUUGGUUACUCCUUUCGCCGAGUUUCAGUUAAAGCUGACCUGUGCCUCCACGUGACGUUAGUGGGGCUUUUGUCAGAUGAUACAGCUCUGUUGAGGAUCGUGCUGGACAUUGCUGCACUGUCAGCAUCCUUGUUCCUUUGCUGUCUAUUUGAGCCCUCAAUUUCCAGUGCCUGUAGUACUCUUCACUGUCUCCAUGGAAGUUGUAGGCCUGUUGAAUGUUGAUGUCUUAUUGUCAACAGUUUUGUUCCCAGAGAUUGAUAACUCACAUGAGUUUAUCAGUUUUUGUAGUACGAUUGGCUCCUUUAGAUUCCAUUUUAUUGAUUAGUAACUUAAUGCUAAUAAGUAAAAAGAUAUGAGUGUGAUCUUCCACAUUUGUUUGUUAGUGCAUUAACCCGCCACUAGGUUUGCCAGUCGCAUCUAUGUGCUACUAUCACAAAACAUUUUUUUUUUGUCUAUUGAUGUGAAGAACAAAUAGUCAAUAUUAUUCUGUAUAUAUUUGGCAAUAUGGUUAAGAUUACCAUUCAUAGGGAAGAAAUAGAUAUGGCCAAUAAGAGAAGUGUAACGUAAUUCCAGUUCGAGAAAUGGUGGCAGUACCAAAUGCCGAAUUAGCGGCUGUACCAAAUGAUCAAUGCCUCUGGGGUUUCCCUUCUCUUCAGCUCUCCCCGGUUUCACCAAUGUGUUGGGCACUGAACACUGUUGUUGUUUCCAGCAGGUGGCAUUGAAAUAUGGUUAGCUUGAGGAGGCGCCGGCUUUUGGGGCUUUGUUCUGGGAAAGAUUCGUUACCGGUUGAUUUUCCAAAGCCUAGUGACAAUGAAAAUUCUGUGGAAGUUGCACACCCUAACAUAAAGCCAUUCAGUGUGCACCCGCUGCCCCUGACUAAAAAUUCUGAUGUACUUCUGGAAUCUUCAAAUGGGUCUGAUUCUUUAAAGGAAGAGAAAAACCAUUACUAUCCAGGCAAGGAAAUCAAGCGCAGAAAACGACAUAGAAGAAAGCAGUAUGUGGACCAAGAACCAUGCAUAAUGAGAGGGGUCUACUUCAAAAACAUGAAAUGGCAAGCUGCUAUAAAAGUUGACAAGAAACAAAUCCACUUAGGUACUGUCGGGACACAGGAGGAAGCAGCCCGACUAUAUGAUAGGGCUGCUUUUAUGUGUGGAAGGGAGCCAAACUUUGAACUUUCUGAGGAAGAGAAGAAAGAACUACAGAAUUACACCUGGAAGGACUUCUUGGAUAUGACUCGAGACACCAUAACCAGCAAAAAACAAAGGAAAGUUGGAUUAAUAAGGCGCAAUAAGACGGACUCGCUGGUAGGACAGAGUGAUGGUGAUACUGAGAUGAUCAAUGGUGGCGGCUCAUCGCACUCGGAAGAUGGAGAUGCUGAGACCUCAGCAUCUUAAUUAAGACUGCCACCAGAGUUCAUGGACAGCCAGAUUGGGUCUUUCAACAGAUUCGUUUCAAUGAAGACAUAAUUUCCAUUUAGGUUUUUGUUCUCUCAAUAAUUAAUUUCAUGUGCAUAAGGGCCCUGAUGGUCUGAUAAAGGUUAGGCUAGAGAAAUCAUGCCAUCCCAUAUAAAGUUGGAGAUGGUCCAUUAUAGGAACACAUUUCUCUGAGCAAAUGAGCAAUCAUGUAUAGAAACACCAAUUCCUGAACUGUGUAUAUCUUUACCCCAAAUUUCUCUACAUGUAACUAGAUUACACAUUUAAUAAAGAAUUUAUUUUUCCUUUCAA